UGUAUAAAGCGGAGGAAAGGAUUCUUCCUUCCCGUGCCGCAAAAGAGAGCAUUCCCACCAAUUUCCCGGUGAUACCGAGCUGGGAUCUUGUCGGGAAGUUCACCGUGUAAAUUCGAAUCUUCAUUCGUUGAAUUUCCUUCGGCCGAUCAAUGCAGAUUAGGAGCAGUUUUUAGUUAAAAUACAUGUAUGUGUAUGUGGGUGAAAGAAUGUCGAAGGCUAUUGCCGAAGUCGCUACAGGAAUCUGUUUUGAGGCGAAAAUCCUUGGUGGGUUCGUUGUGAAACUUUAGGUAGUUGUCCGUGAGAACUGUUUUUUCAUUUCUAUCUUCUUUCUGUUUUCUUGAAUUUCGAGGAUUCUAGCGGCCGUUCUUGAGAUUCGAGAACUGUGUUUUCGUUUUCUACUGGUUCUACAAUUAUAUGGUCAUUAAUGUCUCUGGGUUUUGUGGGAUAUCUUUAGUUUUUCAAGGCAAUGUGCACAUGUUGAUUAAGGUUGCAGAUUCGUCUCGUUUUGCGGAAAUGAGAGAAAAAAAAAUUAUGUUUUAGAUCACUACUGAUAUAGAGUCUGUUCUGUUUAUUUUUCAAUUCUGGGGGGUUCAAUACAGCAAUAAAUUCAAGGGCUUUGGUACAUUUGGAGGGCGUAGUUUCCCCCAAUUUGAGAUCAAAUUGGUGGUUCUACAAUGUGUAGAUUAGAGCAGUGUGAUGACGAGUGCAAGUGUGGAGAAGAAAAAGAGGGAAGGCCUGAGAUAAGCAUGAAGUUCUUGGGUGAAGCCAAGUCAAAGAAAUCGAGAUUGAUGAUGGUUUCAAGGGGACAAACCCAAUUCAAGCUGUGGAUGUUUCGAGGAAUGACAAUUGUGCUAUGGACUUGUAUUAUUCAGCUAAUGGUGUUGGGCGAGAUGUGGAGGCCGAGAUUGUUUAAGGGUUGGCCUUGUUUUCAUUGUUCUGCUAUGUUGGCCGAUCACAAAUUCUCUUCUGUUCCACUCCCUGUUGUUCCUCCACCAAAAAGGAUUUAUAAGAACAAUGGCUAUCUUAUGAUUUCUUGCAAUGGAGGACUCAACCAAAUGCGAGCUGCAAUAUGCGACAUGGUUGCUAUUGCCAGACAUCUGAAUGUUACCCUUAUCGUCCCAGAGCUGGAUAAAGCCUCCUUCUGGGCUGAUCCAAGUGAGUUCCAGGACAUAUUUGAUGUUGAUCAUUUCAUUACGUCUUUGAGGGAUGAGGUCAGAGUUCUCAAAGAGCUACCAGCAAGACUUGAAAGGAGAAUUGAACUGGGAAAGCUCUACUCCUUGCCACCUAUUAGUUGGUCUGACAUUUCCUACUAUCGUAAUCAGAUUCUUCCUCUGUUGAAGAGGUAUAAAGUUGUACAUUUAAAUAAAACUGAUGCUCGGCUUGCCAAUAAUGGGCUCUCUCUAGAAAUCCAGAAGUUGCGCUGUAAAGUAAAUUUUAGUGCUCUGAGAUUCACUUCCCAGAUUGAGGAAUUGGGUAGAAGGGUUGUUAGGAUUCUGAGACAGAAUGGCCCCUUUCUUGUCCUCCAUCUUAGAUAUGAAAUGGACAUGUUGGCUUUCUCCGGCUGCACUCAUGGUUGUCAAGAUGAGGAGGCAGAAGAAUUGACAAGAAUGAGAUAUGCUUACCCCUGGUGGAAGGAAAAAGUUAUCGAUUCUGACCUCAAAAGGAAAGAAGGGUUGUGCCCUUUGACACCUGAGGAAGCUGCUUUGACAUUAAGGGCACUGGGUAUUGAUCGCAAUUUUCAAAUUUACAUUGCUGCUGGAGAAAUUUAUGGUGGAGAAAGGCGAAUGGCAAAUUUGGUGGCAGCAUUUCCAAAUUUGGUUAGAAAGGAGACCCUGCUGGACUCCUCAGAGCUGCAAUUUAUCCAGAACCACUUGUCCCAGAUGGCAGCACUUGAUUAUCUGGUAUCUUUGGAAAGCAAUAUAUUUGUCCCUACCUAUGAUGGAAAUAUGGCCAAAGUCGUAGAAGGCCAUCGGAGAUUUUUGGGGUUUAAGAAGACCAUUCGAUUAGACAGGAGGCUUCUUGUUGAUUUGAUAGAUCAACACACCGAAGGAUCAUUGAGCUGGGCAGAUUUCUCCUCCCUCGUGAAGGAGGCUCAUGCAGAACGAAUGGGGAGCCCCCAUGAACGGCGAGUUGUGAUUCCAGAACGACCAAAGGAAGAAGACUACUUCUACGCCAAUCCUCACGAGUGUCUGCAACAGUCCCGGUAGCUGUCCAAGAAGUAUGUGCUAGCUAUUCUUGACAUUAGAUGCCAUUUCUGUUGAUCUUAAACUGUUCGUGGCUCAUGUGUUUACAUCUUAAUAGCAUUUACACUUGGGUAGAACCAAGAAGCUCUCACAGAAUUCAUCGAAUAAUAAGACUGAUGUACAGAAAGACAACAACCACGCUGCCAUAGUGAGUCAAAUCCCAGAUCAGUUAGUUACAUAUGUAAAGAAAGGAAUACGAAUAGUGAUUAAAUUCAGCUACUUCUUCAAUGUUUGCUUGCUUGCUUGCUUUGUAUCAAUUCUCACUCUCUGCUGCUAUUUUAGAUUUCAAGCGGGCGAUACAGCAAUAAGAGAAACGAUAUUCGUACAGAAUUUUUGUGAAGAAUCAAUCCAACCCACCCGGGAAUAUGGUGUCCCAGCAAGUAUGAUUGAUAUUGUUUUCGUCUGAAAUGAAACCUUUGUUUCGUCUGGAUGUUACAGUAGGUAUGCGAUUCGAAAGUGGGGGCUGAUAAUGGGGGAAGAGUGGGUGAACCAAUACCUGUAAUUUGUGGUGAUAAACAAAUGUGGGUGGUGGUGGUGGCGGCGGCCAUUUGGCUCCUCAAUGGGGCUGUUGUCUCGGGGCCACAAUUAUGGUUGACUUGCGAGGAGUUGGUGAAUUUGCAUCAACUUUCAAUUCGAAGCACUCUCCAAGUCAUUUUGAGUGGCCAAUAUGGUAUCAAACCACUACUUCCUAUCUUUCAAAGAUGAAUUGAUUGAACUUGCUUUGAGCUUAUUAUUAUUGUUGUUGUUGGUGUUGUUGUUAUAUAUAGAAGGGCGGUUCGUGUUUUGUAUGUAUAAAAAAAUAAAUAUUUUGUUGUCUAUUUCUCUAUUUUGAGUAGAGUUGGGAAAUGGACGGGUCGGGCCGAGCUAGGCCGCCUUGCCUCCCGCUUGGCCCACCCAUUUUGUGGGUUAGGUUGAAUUUGGUUUGUGAGGGAUGCAGGCCAAACAAUGGGAAAUGGGGAUCGGUACGGCCCUAUGACCCUUAGUAAAUAAGUCAAGGCGGGUUGAGCCAAGCCAUUUUGGUGGCCCACUCCUAUUUUUGGUGGGUUAGGCUGGGUCACGGGCCACAAAGUACUAGCCUGAUCCAACUCGUUUGCUACAGUAUCGAGCCGGAUUAGGAGAUAGGCUGGCCGGGCGCGUCUAUGGGCUGCCCAGCCUAUUUUCCAACUCCAACUCUAAUUUUGAGUCACUUGAUAACUAAGAGUUAAUAUUAUAUAUGUU